GUUCCUUCCACACGGCUUUGUCUCUAUUUUGGCGCCCCAAAUCAGCAAACACCUUGCAGCACUCUUCUCCCGACACUCUUCUCCCGACACUCUUCUCCCAACACUCUUCCCCCGACGCUCUUGCCCCAACACAUCUCUCAGAUAUAACUAUCUAUUCCAAGUCAAGACUCUUUAAUUCUCUCCAACCAAAUCACAUAUCCUCCAGUGAGACCAACAUCAUGUUUGCCCUCCACAACCACAUCUCUGGUUGUUACUACACAACCAACGGCCGCAAUCGUACCUAUCUCCCUCAGGUCCAGCUGGCCUCUUACACUACCCUCACCCCUCUCUACUUCACCACAAAGCUCUCGCAGACUUUCCAGAACCCAUCCACAGGACAGCUAUCCGAGGUCCGAUACACCUUCCCUCUGUACGAUGGGGUUGCCGUUACUGCUUUUGCUUGUACCAUCGGCAACAAGAUCAUCAAAGGUCAUGUUGAGCAGAAGGACCAGGCCCGCAAGACUUUCGACGCAGCUGUCAAGAGAGGCGAGAGUGCCGGACUUCUCGAAGCUCUUCCUGUCGGCGUCUUUGGUGUUACUCUUGGAAACAUCCCUGCAAACACAACCGUUCGUGUUGAUCUCAUCUAUGGUGGCGAGCUGAAGCACGAUGCCGAGAUUGAUGGCUUGCGCUACAUGCUACCCACCUCGAUCGCUCCUCGUUAUGGCAACUACCCUGGCCAACUUCUCCCGCUGGACUCGGCUGUUGUCAAGAACAUGAAGAUCGUUGUCGAUGUCGACAUGAAAGACUGCACCAUUCGCAAAGUCCAAUGUCCCUCCAACCAUCCCAUCGCUCUCGACAUUGGCACCCUUUCUACGACCCUUAAGCCUACUGCCGACAUGUCAAAAGCUUCCGUGUCCUUGACCCACAACACGACUGAGCUUGGUUCAGACUUCAUCCUGCAGGUCGUGAUUGAUGACAUUGACUCCCCGAGGGCUAUCAUCGAGAAGCAUGCUCUGCCCAACCGUCAGGCCCUCAUGGUUACCUUUGUACCACGCUUCAACCUCAAGCCCAUCAAGCCCGAGAUCAUCUUCAUCGCCGAUCAGAGUGGUAGCAUGCAUGGUACGAAGAACACUGCUCUUGUCGCUGCUCUGAAGACGUUUAUCAAGUCCCUUCCGUCUGGAAUUCGCUUCAACAUAUGCGCUUUCGGGAGUCGCCAUGACUUUCUAUGGGAAAAGAGCAUGCCUUACAAUCAGGAGAACUACACUCAAGCUUUGCACUUUGUGCAAAGCUUUACUGCCAGCUACGGUGGUACGGAGCUUCUGCGCCCUGUCAAGGCUGCUUUCGAGUCACACCUCUCCAUUAUGCCCUUGGAGCUGGUCGUUCUUACUGACGGCGAGAUAUGUGCAGAGUCUCAGCUGUUUGAAUACGUCAACGAUCAGAUUCACAAGGAGAAGGUCGAUGCUCGUUGCUUCGUGCUCGGUGUUGGCAGUGAUGUUUCUCAUACUUUGGUCGAAGGCUUCGCUCGCGCUGGCAAUGGUGUCGCUCAGUUCAUCACUGAUGGCGAAGUCAUGGACUUCAAGGUCGUUCGCAUGCUCAAGGCCGCUCUGUACCCACACAUCAAGGACUACCGUUUGGAAGUCAAGUAUGAUGAGACUGACGACUUUGAGAUGGUCAAGACCGAAUCACCGAAACAGGCAACCGUUAUUCCUGAGAAUCAGCCAAAGGCGCCCAUCUCGCUAUUCGACAAAUCUGCCAACCUCAAGGAUGUCCCUGCCAACAACAUUGAUCGCUAUGCUCAUCUUCCCAAUAUCACCAUUCCCGAGCUUAUCCAAGCCCCUCACGUCAUCCCUCCUGUGUUGCCCUUCAACCGUACAACCGUGUACCUGCUCAUGCAGAGCACAAAGCAGAUGCCCAAGUCUGUCAUUCUGCACGGCACCUGUUCUGAGGGUCCAUUGACGCUGGAGAUCCCUGUCAAGAGGGUCAAUGACCCCAACUACACCGUCAAUACCUUGUCAGCCAAGAAAGCUGUUCAAGAGCUUGAAGAGGGUAGAGGCUGGUUGAUCAGUGCUCAGGAGUCUGAUGAACUCGUCAAGGACAAGUGUCCCUCUCGUUUUGACGAGCUGAUUGAGAAGGAAGUCGUUCGCAUCGGUACCGAGUAUCAGGUCGCCAACAAAUGGUGCUCAUUUGUGGCUGUCCAGCGAUAUCAAAAGGUUAAUAGCGACGGCGAGACUCUCACUGCAAAGGCUACUUCGGAUGAUCUGAUUGAGCCAAAUCUAUUCGAAUUCGACGACACCUCCACAGAGGAGAGUGAUGAGGAUAUUGAAUGUAACAUGUUCGAUUCUAGUUCUUCCAGGCAAAUGUCCAGGGCGGACUUUGUCUCUAGCCCUGCCAGCGCGCGUAUGAGGCGGCGCGCGAGAGAACCCGGAAGCGCUAUACUUACUAGCAGCGUCGAAGACGUCCAAGCCAGUCCUACGGCUCCUAAGAAAAAGGCUAGCAGUCAAGAUUUCGAUGCUCUUCGCAUGCCUGUUUAUAGACCCCGUCGCGGUGAAAGUCGCGGCGGAGGUUAUAGCGAUGGUGCACCUUACCCCGUGCCGCCGGGUUUCUCAGCCCAAGGUACCAUGAGAUUCAUGCAGUCUCACACGUCAGCCUGUGUUGCCAUGAGUCAGCCGAGCGAGGACGAAGCUCUCUCCAUCCCUGACAACGACACCCUCGCUACCGUGCGUACUCUGCUCGAUCUCCAGGCCUUUGAUGGAUAUUGGGAGUGGACUCCUGCUCUGGCUACCUUCUUUAGUGAAGUCCUGGCUAUAGUCAAGGCCACUAGAUCUACUGAGGAUCCGAUGCUGGCUACUGUUCUGGUACUGGCUUGGCUGAAGUCAUCGGCUGAAGAGUACCAUGGCCUCUGGGAUAUGGUCGCCGAGAAAGGUUUAGGUUGGCUUGGUGGACAGGAAGAUUCUGAGGACCUUAUGCUCGCUGCCAUGAAUGCUUUCGCUGGUGGCGCUUGAAGUCGAAGGUUCGAAGUGUCACUGAGCAAGAAGGAAUGGAGGGCGGAGUAGGAAAGAGAGAAAGAGGGAUCGAUGAGUAGGCUCCCUUUACGACCAGAUAGCUAAUGUAAGUUACUUGAAUAAUUUUGGUCACCAACUGACGAGCACUGAGUGUGAGUGUGAGUAAACUGUCUUCUCCUCGAACGAUCGAAGGCGUUUGAUUGCCCAGUCGUUUCAUGCCCUAGUCCGGGUCAUGCAAUUGUUUCUCCUCU